UCUCGGUUGUCUGAACAUGGACUAUGUCCUGGAAACUGAAAGGCCUCCCAAACCAGCUGAUGGCUCGACUGACAAAGAGGCCAAAGAGUAUUAUGAAUCCUGGGAGAAAAACAAUCGCCUUACUCUCCUGCUGAUCAAAACAAGGAUUGCUAGGAGCAUUCGGGGAGCAAUCCCUAAAUGCGAAACUGCUAAAGAAUACCUGGAAGCUGUGGACAAACAGUUCAAACCGACAGACAAGCAGAUGGGGGGCACCAUUAUGUCGGAAUUAUGUGCCAUGAGGCUUACAGGUAUAGGCGGUACUAGGCAGCAUAUAAUGAAGAUGAGAGAUUUAUCCUCUCAGUUGAAAUCCUUCGAUAUGGAGCCUACUGAGCAAUUCCUGGUGCAGUUAAUCCUGAACUCCCUUCCUCCUCAGUUUGAUGCCUUUAAAGUAUCUUACAACACACAUAGGGAGAAAUGGUCAGUUGAUGAAUUGCUGUCCAUGUGUGUGCAAGAAGAAACUAGGCUGUUGAUGAGUGGAAAGGGUGCACCUAAGGAAGCUCAUCUGGGAGAAAGCUCCAAUAGGGGUGGUAGUAAGAAGGGAAAUAAGGAUGACAAGAAGAAAAGAAAGAGAAGAAUUCCCCCUGCCACCGCCUUAAAUAAGAAGGAUGCCAAAUGCUUCUUCUGCAAGAAGAAGGGGCACAUGAAGAAUGAGUGCUCCAAGAGGAAGGCAUGGCUUGAACGUAAAGGGCUUCUUAACAAGCAGGCCACCACAUCCGAGUGAGGAAUGGGUUCUAUCAGGCAGCAGGAACCCAGACCGUGUGGAGUUGGUUGGGACUUAUCGCAUUUUUUUGAAUAAUACUCAUGUAGACCUUUUUGAGACUUUUUAUAUUCCGACAUACAUGAGGAACUUAAUUUCCAUUUCAAAAUU